AUGGUUUUCGAAAAGAAACGGCAAUUUUUUCAAAACGAGGAAAAAUACCUCAUAAAAUACACGACUAUGAAGACGGGGUUUUUGCUCGUAAGAAAACGAUCUGAACCCAUCGCGACGACGGGAGAAGAGUGCGAGAGUGAGUCUUUUUUGCCGUUGUGGCGUUUGUUCAGAGAGGCGUCGCUGAGUGGCGGCGCGUGUCGCGAUAUCGUGGAGAAGCAUGUGAUGUGUAAACUCGACGGGACAGAUAUAAAAUUCUUGUACGGAGUGAAUACGGAGACGAGAAAGUUGAUUAAGAGAUCGUCUCGCAAGGGUGAUUUGAAAAAGAAGUUUAAAGUGAGCGAGAUGUCGUCGAUAUCGACGUUGGAAGUUGCGUGGGAGCAUUAUGCGUGGGGUACGCCUAUGCCGGAAUACUUCGUCCUAGGCGUGCCGGAAUACUUCGUCCUAAAGACGGACGAACCACGGUUCUGCUCUCGAGUUGCUCAAACGAAUAAACUCGAGUUGCUCGAGUGGAUACGAGAGGAGAAAAAGUGUGAGUGGGAUGAAUACACGAUUAAAGCGGCCGUAAUACAAGGUAAUCUGGAAAUAGUAAAGUAUUGCGUGGCAAAUGAGUGUCCUAUGUAUGAGGAUGCGUGUGUACAAGCUGCCAAAAACGGUCAUCUCGAGGUACUCAAAUACUUACAAGAAGAAGUCAAAGCGCCUUGGGAUGAGUAUAUUGCCUUUUUGGCGGCUCAAAAGGGUCAUCUUCACAUACUCGAAUAUCUUGUUGAGCGUAAGUUUGAUAUGUUUAACGAUUAUACGUGUCGGUGUGCGGCCAAGUACGGCCACUUGGACUGUUUGAAGUACUUACACGAAACCGCCAAAGCGCCGUGGGACUAUGAGGCCGUACAAGAAGCGCACGAGAACAACCAAACCGAAUGUGUACAAUACCUCCUCGACAAUAACUGUCCUCUCCCACCCGGUUGGCGAUACGAAAAUGGAACUUUACACACGCGUUAA